AAAUGUAGUGCUUUUCUGACCCCUUGGAACUAACUGUUAAAACACUGAAUAUACCAGGUCUUGCUUCCAUCAUCGGGUGCUUUAAGUUACAUUGUGUGUUGCAUGAAACAGGACCAGCUGCUCAGGGGGAAGGUGUUCUGCUCACGUGGUCAGAAGGGCAUUUCCUCUUCUGGGCGGUGCCAAGGAGUCAGUGGUGCAGCCUUCCUUGAGUGGCAGGGCAUCUGAGGUUCUAUUAGUUGGGCUCCUUUAUGGUUUUUCUUCUUUGCUCUGUUUUUCUAACCUAAUGUGUCAAACUCAAAGGUCCUCUUGAAUCCUUUGUCCUGUUGUGAGCUUUUGCUUCCUUCCUCCUUGGAGUCAGACCCUGCACAGCUAAGGCAGUCUGCGUUCAGGAUGGCAAGCAGGGCCAGCUCAAGGGCUGUCAAGAACUUGUAAUUCUAGUUAGUUCAGUGUGAGUCUUUGAUUCUAGAACACUCCACGUAGGCACUAGAAGAAUGGGUAAAUACAGAGCAUUGCUGGCCUCACUGACAAAUUGGUAGGUGUAUGAAAGGAAUACCAGGUUUUACAAUGCUGUUUUUCCUCUUCUGCUAACUGAUUCUCACUCAACGGGUUAUGUUAGCUUCCUUCACAUAAAAACACUGAAGGACAUUUUGUAAGUGAGACGAACGAGUAUUCUGUGAGAAACGGUUUUGCAGAGCUUCUCGCCUUCUAAUUAAAUGGGUUAAGUUACCUCAUGAGUGCCAGAUUGCCCUUGUUUAGGGAGUGACCGUGAGAGCUAGUUUAGUUCCUAUGGUGCCUGAACAUCAAAGACCUUUUCCUGAGGUGAAAGUUUUCUCAUUUUGUUUCUUUGUUAUGUGAUGGUAGCUUGUUUUAACUUUUAUUUUAACAUUUUAACUUUCAUUUUAAGUGUUGAACACCUUCAGAACUGAUUUACCCCAGCCAGAAAGAAGACAAAUUAGUUUUUUGCCUUCAGGAUUUCAGGAAGGUUAGCCACCUCCUAGUGUUAGUUAGCCACCUUGUCAGUGCUGACAAGGGUGUUCAGUGACCAGGAAACCUGAUAAUUCCACAAACCAAUGACCCAUAGUAAAUAUGUAGACUUGCCAUUUUGUAUUUCGUGUGUAUGUGUGUUUUGACUACAUGGAUGUCCAUGCACCUCUUAUGUGCAGAUGGAGGCCAGAAAAGGGCAUCAGACCCCUGAGAUUGGAGUUACUGGUGGCCACAAUCCACCCUUAUGGGAAACAAACCCAGGUCCUCUAAUUACUAUCAGCUCAACUCUCUGACAGUCUUCUUUUUUAUUUUUCUUAUUCUAAUAUGACUUUUUUUCCUAAAUAAAACACUCCUGCUUUAUAAACCCAAAGUCUUGCUUUAGCCUUUUCUCUUGGAAAGUGCCCUUCUUUGUUCCUUGGGAAAUUAUUCAUCUCCAAGGUCAUGUCAAAGAAUGAACUCAUGGAAGUCAGAGCCCAGCUUGCAGGAGAGGAAUGCAGUUCCGGGUUAGAGUAGUGGGCCUAGCAUGCUCCAGGCCCUGGGUUUGAUCCUCACCUCAACACACACUGAGACGUCCAACAACUUGAUAGACGUUAGCUGUUCACUGCCAGUGUCCCUGUCAUAAUCUCAUUGUUGCCUAAGCUGCACUUUUUAUUCUUGUGUUGUUAUAAUAGCAAGGCUUUAAAUGCACUAUACAUACUAAAACUAAGCCAGGUAUGGUGACAUAUGCCUGUUAAUCUCAGCACCCUGGAGGCUUAGGCAGGAGAAACAAGAGAUCAAAGCCAGCCUGAGCAGCUACGUGUGUGACAGGGUAGAGGUGUUCAGCAUGUGCUCGGAAGGUUAAAGGAGCUAACACCUCAGCUAAAUGCUGAGGGAGAAUGAAAGUCUGCCUAGAAAGAAGGCAGUAUAGAUUUGGACUCCAACCGUGUCCUUCAUUAUCUGCAUAACCCAGGGAAACCCUGCCCAUUCUGUGACUUCUAUUUCUUAUCUGUAAAUGGUUUGAUACUAGUAGAUCUUUAAUAGUAGUGUUGAGAGACUUUAGGUGAUAUAUUUGAAAUGCUUGGCAAAGUGCCUGGCUGUACCGUAGUCUCUUGAUGAUUUUUUGUUGUUGUUGUUUUUUUUUUGGUUUUUUUUUGUUUUCAAAUUUUUGAGACAGGAUUUUUCUGUGUAGCUCUGAUUGUUCUGGAACUUGUGAUGUAGACCAGGCUGGCUCCCAAAAUACAGAGCUCUGCCUGCCUCUGCCUCCCUAGUGCUUGGAUCAGAGAUAUGUACCGCCAUUCCAGUGGUUCUUGCCAAAUUUUAAUGAUUAUCAGUAUUAUUAGAAGAGAAUAAAGGAGAGGAAUUGCUGGGGGUAGCGAUAUGCUAUAUGUAGGCCUGGUCUCGACCUCAGUCUGGGAACCACUGGUGACUGGAGCAAGGCGGUAGCCAGAGGUGAGGCUUGAGUGGAGGCUGGAAGGUACAGAUCAGAUGAGUGGGCUCGGUGGUCUGACUAUAGCCUUCCUGAAUGUGGUGUUCUAAGUGUUCUGUGUGGAGAGUGUGACUGGGUGGGGGGGUCUCUGUUGUUGUUAGUCUUUGUUCUUUCACAGACAAAGAAUGUGAAGCACAGAGAUCAGUAACUAACUAGAUAGCAGGAAAGAGCUAUGAUUUGAGGCCAGCCAGCCCCCACUGCAGAUGUCUGCUCCACGGCUUCUACUGUGGAGGAAUGCAAAGAGAUUGCAGACUCCAGAAUAGUAAAGGAGAGUCACUAGGAGUUGAUAGUUGGAUGUGAAGAAAGAAGCAAAAGUGAAAGAGAGACUCCCCAUAGGCUUGGGCAGCUUGAAAGGCUCUAGAACUGCUCUGGGAUGGAGAAAUUCGAAGAAAGAAAUGAGGCAGCAAGAGACUGUGGUGAAUCAAGCGUGAGACCUACUGAUUUUGAAGUUACUUGGAGCCAUUGAAUAGGCACUUGGAUAUUCUGGUCUGAAACUCCCAAGAGUCCAAUUUGGAAUCACUGAUUUAGUAGCCAUUGGUGGACCUGUAGGCAAUUGUUGAAACCAUGGAAGCAGACAUUCUAAUAGAACCUUUUAGUUUCUCUGUAACAGGGAAUACAGUUUUAAGGUUAGAUUGGUUCCUUCCUUCAUUUAUUUAUUAAGCAAACUUUAUGAGGCUUCUGCUAUGUAUUAGGAGCUGGAGACCUAUAUACGAAUAAGCUGUAAAAUGUGUUUUAAAGUUGCUUGUGAUCCCUCUGGAGAGAAAGAAACUCAGUCAUGUGCAUGUGUUAGGUAGAAGUAUGCUGCAGUUGGCUUGCAGAGAUUUCCUCAUGUUAGCCCAGACACACAGUAAGAAGUGGCAGAAGUCACUACAGUAUGAAAGAGACCAGCGAAUCCGACUGGAAGAAACUCUUGAGCAGCUGGCAAAGCAGCACAAUCACCUGGAGAGAGCCUUCCGGGGAGCCACAGUGCUGCCAGCAAACCCUCCGGGCAGCGCUGGGUCUGGUAAAGAUCAGUGCUGUUCUGGCAAAGGGGACAUGAGCGAUGAAGAUGACGAGAAUGAGUUUUUUGAUGCACCAGAGAUUAUCACCAUGCCUGAAAAUUUGGGCCACAAACGUACUGGCAGCAAUAUCAGUGGGGCCAGCAGUGAUGUCAGCCUUGAUGAACAGUACAAGCAUCAGCUGGAGGAGACCAAGAAGGAAAAGAGAACCAGAAUACCAUAUAAGCCAAACUACAGCCUCAACUUGUGGAGCAUCAUGAAGAACUGCAUUGGAAAGGAGCUCUCUAAGAUCCCAAUGCCGGUAAACUUUAAUGAGCCCUUGUCCAUGCUUCAGCGCCUUACUGAAGAUCUGGAGUACCAUGAGCUGUUAGACAGAGCUGCAAAGUGUGAGAACUCUCUAGAACAGCUCUGCUAUGUUGCAGCCUUCACUGUUUCCUCCUAUUCCACUACCGUCUUCCGAACCAGCAAGCCAUUCAACCCUCUCCUUGGGGAGACAUUUGAACUGGACCGACUGGAGGAGAAUGGGUAUCGGUCCAUCUGUGAGCAGGUGAGUCAUCAUCCCCCUGCUGCUGCGCACCAUGCUGAAUCCAAAAAUGGCUGGACAUUGCGUCAGGAAAUUAAAAUCACCAGCAAGUUUCGAGGCAAAUACCUCUCCAUUAUGCCCCUUGGUACUAUCCACUGCAUUUUCCACUCAACUGGGCACCAUUACACUUGGAAAAAAGUUACCACAACAGUACACAACAUUAUUGUGGGCAAGUUGUGGAUAGAUCAGUCUGGUGAGAUUGACAUUGUAAAUCACAAGACAGGAGACAAGUGUAAUCUUAAAUUUGUUCCUUAUAGCUACUUCUCUCGGGAUGUAGCAAGAAAGGUGACAGGUGAAGUGACAGACCCAUCAGGAAAAGUUCACUUUGCCCUCCUGGGGACAUGGGAUGAGAAAAUGGAUUGUUUCAAAGUACAGGCAGCCUCCGGGGAGAAUGGGGGUGAUGCUCGGCAGAGAGGCCAUGAAGCAGAAGACAGCAGGGUCAUGCUGUGGAAGAGGAACCCAUUACCGAAGAAUGCAGAGAACAUGUACUACUUCUCAGAGCUUGCCCUCACUCUCAAUGCCUGGGAAGGUGGCACUGCUCCCACGGACAGCCGGCUGCGGCCCGACCAGAGACUCAUGGAAAACGGGCGUUGGGAUGAAGCAAAUGCUGAGAAGCAGCGCCUGGAGGAGAAACAGCGGCUUUCCAGGAAGAAGAGAGAAGCAGAAGCUGCGAAAGCCACGGAAGAUGGCACACCACAUGACCCCUAUAAAGCACUGUGGUUUGAGCGGAAGAAGGACCCUGUCACCAGGGAGCUAACCCAUAUUUAUAGUGGCGAGUACUGGGAAUGUAAGGAAAAGCAGGACUGGGGUUCUUGCCCAGAUAUUUUCUGAAGCAGCUGUAACUCAAAGGAAGAGGGCUGAUCGGAGAAGACGGCAGAGGAUGUGCGGGAAGGCUGGCAGUUGGGACUCUUACCGAGUGCUUUCCUCAAAUUUGUCUGUCUUAACCAAUCACUUUUUCCAAAUCAAUCACCAGAAGCAGACACCCGUGGUGGUGAUUGGCUGGUUGCCUUAGCUGAUUGACGCUGAAAUCGACGUAGUAGAUGCCCAUGUUUGUAAGGGAGUGGUUUAGUGGCUGGAAGUUAGUGUUCCUCUACAUCUCAAAGGCAAGUAAGUGUGCUUCCCUCUCGGCCUCAUUGAGAUGAUGUCAUUGACCCUCACCUGUGUCCUGCUCAGCCAAGAUCUGCAUAAGAUUGGGAUUCAGGAGCAUUUUGGUGCUGUUCAGAGCAAGAACUGAUUUUAAAGUUCCUUUAAAAAGAAACACAUAAGAUUUACCCAGCAGAGGCAUCACGCCUAGGUCUCAGUGUAUGAAGUGUACUCACACGUGGGAUUGCUGUAACAGGUCGUCGCGUGUAGAUAACUAAGGCUUUGGAGCAUCUGCAGGAGAGAGUGUUCUCUAGGGCUUGAAUAUUGAAUUAUGUUCUUGGAGAUUUUAUCUUCACUUGCAUACAAUUCCCCUCUGCGGUUUUGUCUACUUUGACAGCAACCAGGGGCCUCCUUGGUCGUUGAUAAGAGGGUCACACGCUCCUCAUAAAGGGGUUUUAUGGACUCCCUCAGGUGGAGAACCUCUGCAAACACAGGCAGGGUGGGAGAAGACUGCUAGCCACUUGUACCUUCCCAGUCCCUCCUCAUCCGUCUUUCGUUGCCUUUCUGGCUUCUGUUUCCUGGCACAGUACCAUUUUGAGUUUGUGCCACAGUCUGGAGCAAAACAUUGCCUGACCCAUUCUGUAUACUUCAGAAUCUUAGAGAAGUUCCUCUGCAACAAAUGUUUUCAUCUUGAAAGUCCCAGUAGAAUGGAGCCACUUCUGAAAUAAUGUGUUAAAUCAUCUGUAUAUUAUAUAUAUAUAUAUAUAUAUGUAGAGAAAAUCUAAUUUUUUCCCCCUUUCCCAUGAAGAAUCUUGGUUUUUUUAUAUCACCUGUCUCCCUGGGACUCUCUCAAGUGCGCGUUAAUAUGGGUUGGUGCCUCUGCUUUCCAUGUUUGAGGGACAUUGCAACCCCAAGCAGGGUCAUGUGUGGCAGUUGCUGAGCAGGGACAAGGAGGAAGGUUUUUGUGCCUACCCUGCGGCUGCCUCAGCUCGGCUUUGCCGAUCACACGUGGCUCUUGGAAAGGAAGUCCUGGUCUUUUUCCUGCCUCAGUUUCCUUCCCUAGGAGGCGUACGGGUAGAAAGUCAAGAGGGUGAUUUCUAGCUUCCUUAUGUCCCAGCUCAGGCUAAAUCCCAAAAACGUUUCCUUCCAAGGAUGAGAGCUAAGAGCGCUCGUGCUCUGUGGGAGCUGCUCCUGCUGGCACUGGCACCCUCCCUUUUUCUUUAUUAGUUCUAGUUUCCUGUUCAGAAAUGUAGCCCUUGUGCAACCCACCCUUGGUUGAGGGUCAUAAAUUGAGGUGCCUUCCUUGUGUACUUUUUGUUAGUGUUUUUGUUUUUGUUCCUUAACUGUUGAGCCUCAGCCAGUGUGGGUCCUUGGGGAAAAUAACCAUUCCAGAGGAAGCUAUCCCUCCAGGGAAAUUGGAUUUUACUGGGUAAAUUAGUAUUUUCAGUCCGUUCCCACUGACUCUCCUUCCUUAGAUAAAAUGAUCAAAGAUUGAGCACUAGGGAAUUUCCUCCUAAGAAGGCUUCCCCAGCACAAGGGGUUACUCCAGGGAGGCCCAUAAAAUGGGCGCCGUCUCGGAGGCUUUGGAUAGAAUGGAAAUUUCCCAAGGAACCUCUGUGCUUUCCCCUUUCCCUCUAUCUGCACUACAUUUCUAGCUUGAUUCCCAGAUCCCUGCUAAUGGAAGAAGCUUAGAAGUCCUGAAGAUGGAAUAAAGUCACAUGAAAGCAAAAUAAGACUAUAUAUAUAUUUUCAGUUUUUUUGCCUUAUUGCUUUUUUUCAAAAAAAAAAAACUACUAAAUUAAAUAAUUUUUAAAAAGC